AUGUUGCUAGCCACAUUUAAGCUGUGUGCUGGGAGCUCCUACAGACACAUGCGGAACAUGAAAGGACUGAGGCACCAAGCUGUGCUGGCCAUCGGCCAGGAGCUGAACCGGAGAACACUGGGAGAUGCCAGUCCUGGGUGGAUCAGUCAGGUUCGGCGUCGGAGCUCACUGCUUGGUUCUCAGCUGGAAGCGGCACUCUAUAGUGAGCAGGAGCUGUCCUACAUCCAGCAGGGAGAGGUGGCUAUGCAGAAGGCCUUGGGCAUCCUCAGCAACCAGGAAGGCUGGAAGAAGGAGACCCAGCAGGAAAAUGGUGAUGAAGUGCUAAGUAAAGUAGUCCCGGAUGUGGGCAAGGUGUUUCGGUUGGAGGUAGUGGUAGACCAGCCUAUGGACAGACUCUAUGAAGAACUUGUGGACCGCAUGGAGGCUAUGGGAGAGUGGAACCCAAACGUCAAGGAGAUCAAGGUCCUGCAAAAGAUCGGGAAAAACACAAUCAUCACCCAUGAGCUGGCUGCAGCAGCAGCAGGAAACCUGGUGGGGCCCCGUGACUUUGUGAGCGUGCGCUGUGCCAAGCGCAGGGGCUCCACCUGUGUGUUGGCAGGCGUGGCCACACAUUUUGGGGAGAUGCCCGAACAAAGUGGUGUCAUCAGAGCUGAACACGGUCCCACCUGCAUGGUGCUUCACCCAGUGGCUGGAAGUCCCUCAAAGACUAAAUUCACUUGGCUCCUCAGUAUUGACCUCAAGGGGUGGCUGCCGAAGACCAUCAUCAACCAGGUCUUAUCGCAAACCCAGAUGGACUUUGCCAACCAUCUGCGCAAGCGCCUGGAGUCCAGCCCUGCCUCUGAAGCCCGGUGUUAACUGUGCCCACUACAUCAACCUGUACACCAUCAGCAGACUCCCGCAGGAAGCCUUCAAGUCCGUUAAAAUCUUCAGCUGGUUUAACGGGAGGAGUAGCCAUCAGAAUCUAGGACUGGCUAGUAAAAAUUGGCCAUCAGGAAAAUAGAAAUGAGGCUGAGAAAAGACCUCUAGCCUCUCCCACCGAUUAGCUGUGAAG